AAAUAAUUCCUGACGUUUUCUGCUAUGGUCAUGAAUUCUCUGUAUUGAUUGUUCGUUCAGGUUCAAUCUCACUCACAAUAACUUUUUACCUUUUUAUCCAUAGAGAGAAGACCGGCCAGUUUCACCUAAGCUUCAAACCUAAAAACUCUGCUGUUAUUGAAUUUAACAACCGAACCAUUUAAUUCACAAUGGGAACCGUUCAUAGCCGUAAAUAUCGGAAUGGCAUUAACGGUUCUUCUUCACAACCAAACCCUCCUCCUUAUAUAAGGACUUACCCGCCAAAUCAACCUACAGCAACAGCAACAAAUAGCGAAAUGUCUUGUUCAUUGCCUUACUCGAAUGUUGAUUCUAACUUGAGAGCUUUAGCUGGCCAAGCUGAGGGUUUUGGGAAGUGUGCCAUCGGAGGACUUAAUGGACCUAUUUAUCAUGUCACUACGUUAGCAGAUGAUGGUCCUGGAUCACUGCAUGACGGGUGUCGGAAAAAAGAACCUCUUUGGAUCGUCUUUGACGUUUCGGGUACCAUUUUCCUUUCAUCCUAUUUGGCUGUAUCGUCCUAUAAGACAAUCGAUGGUAGAGGACAGCGGAUAAAGUUUACGGGCAAGGGCUUAAGGUUGAAGGAGUGUGAACAUGUGAUAAUCUGCAAUCUUGAGUUUGAAGGGGGUAGAGGACAUGAUGUUGAUUGUAUUCAGAUUAAACCUAAAUCAAAGCAUAUAUGGAUUGAUCGCUGCAGCCUGAGUGAUUUCGAUGAUGGGUGUAUUGAUAUUACAAGAGAGAGCACAGAUAUCACUGUAUCUAGGUGUCAUUUCUAUAAGCAUGACAAGACAAUGCUUAUUGGAGCAGAUCCCAGUCACGUUACUGAUAGAUGCAUUCGAGUAACCAUUCAUCACUGCUUCUUUGAUGGAACUGUACAGCGACAUCCUCGUGUUAGGUUUGCGAAGGUUCAUCUAUAUAACAACUACACCAGAUGUUGGGGCAUAUAUGCUGUUUGUUCAAGUGUAGAAUCACAGAUAUUUUCGGAGUGCAACAUAUAUGAAGCAGGUGCUGCAGGUGCGAAGAAGGGGACAUUUCUAUAUUUCACGGAAAAGGCUGCGGACAAAGAAUGCCCCUCAACUGGCUUUGUAACAUCUCAAGGAGACAUCUUCCUUAACGGUGCUCCAGCAUGUCCUCAAGCAGGAGGGUAUUGUGAAGGAAAUAUGUUCCAUCCUAGUGAAUACUACCCUACAUGGACAGUCGAACCUGCAACUGAAAAUCUGAAGGAAAUCCUUAAACUCUGUACAGGAUGGCAAAACAUAUCAAGACCCUGUGAGAAGACAGCAUAAACUAUGAUGCCCCAGUAACUAUCCCUUUGUCUUAAGUUAGUAGUAUCUCCUACAGUAUUACUAGUUGUUAUUCUGGUUUUCAUGGCUUUCUAUAGUUAUGAGUAUUCGACGUUAUUCUGGUUUUGAUGGCUUUCUAUAGUUAUGAGUAUUCGACGUUAUUCUGGUUUUGAUGGCUUUCUAUACUUAUGAGUAUUCGAGUAUGGUAUUGAUAUAAUGUAAUAAAAGAUAUAAUAAAUAUGCUUCAAAAAUAAACCAUGUAAUGUAAUAAAAAACUAUGAAAAAUAGUUGUGUUUGGAGUUGAAA